UCCACUCUCGUCAACUUCCAGUUUAGUCCCUGUACUAGUGGACCGUCCAGGAGUUUGAUCUACAAGGUACAAGAUUGCACACAACACCCGGAACAAUUUAGACUCAUGAAGCAGAUCACAACGUCCGCAAGACAACAAGGGAUGAAUAAGAUGCAGUUUCUUGCACAGUGGUUGCUGCUUAUCUUGGCAACAGGCAACAUUUGUGAGGUAACGCCUCUAACCCCCAGAGGCAGAGUUGCAGGCAUCGUGGGACUCUCUCCUGGAAAGGAACCUGGCCCGAGCCCCUUACCACCAGCCCUAGCCGACCGCGCUUUCACGGCUGUGUGGAACGUCAGAAACUCCCAUCGCUGCCUGACGAAGUUCGGUGUCGAUAUAGACUUGGGCUCCAACGGCAUCCUGACGAACUCCCCGACAGGAAAUGACGUCAUGGUGUACUUCGGCCACGAAGAUCUUGGAUUAUUUCCAUACAUCCAGAGAGGCCACUUUGUCAAUGGAGGGCUCCCUCAGCUGGUCAACGGGACAGCUCACCUCGAGAAGGUAGCAGUUGAUAUCCGGACGGCCAUCCCGGACGCAAACUACUCCGGCCUGGCCGUCAUCGACUGGGAGUUCUGGAGCCCCGUGUGGAACAAGAACAUUGGCGUCCCCGGGUCCGAGCUCUACAAUGCCGAGUCGAUGGCGCUGGUGCGCCGUCGUCACCCGACGUGGGACCAGGGGACCGUCGAGGCAACGGCCAAGACAGAGUUCGAGGAGGCGGCAAGGUCCCUGUACGAAGGCACGGUGCUACUAGCCCAUCAGCUACGACCGAAGGCACUGUUUGGCUUCUAUCACUUCCCGUACUGCAACAACCACGCAGACGCUCGUUACUGCAAUCAGACGUCAGUGCUCUCUAACGAUCAAAUGUCUUGGCUGACUGAUGCCUCACCAUCCCUCUACUCAUCUAUUUACAUGAAGGAGGAGGACACUCGGACAGACACUGCUGUCUACAUCGACACCAUCCUUCAAGAAGCUGUAAGAGUCAGACAGAACUCCAAAGACCCCAACAAGCCGAUGUACAGUUAUGUCGCCCUCAACUACUCACACACCGGUCUCUUUCUAAACUUGGAGGAUAUGAACAACUCAAUCCUGCUGCCUGCUGAGCAAGGCCUGGCAGGUGUGGUCUUCUGGGGCGACAACAAUGACACCAGCAACCGAGCAGCCUGCCUGGGUCUUCAAAAAGACGUCAAAUUAGCCCUUGGCCCGUUGGUUCUGAAAACUACCCAAGCAGCAGCGCGGUGUUCUGCCUCUCUUUGCAGCGGAAACGGCAGGUGUGUGGGGAAGAUUCUUGAAUGCAUCUCAGGGGCGCCCUCUGGUGUUACUCCAGGCAGGAUCUCCAAAUUUGGUGCUAAGAAGUCUUCAGCAUGUCGGUGUCAGUGCUACAAUGGAUGGAGCGGAACGAACUGCAGUAUCGGUGCAUAAUCAUCUGCUAUGCAAUUACUUUAAUACCAAUAUAGCAAGUGUUUCUUUUAAUUCCAGUCUGGUUUCCAUAUACGUGUAUGAGGAAUGCUAGUGUUCUAUAUGAUAAUUGUGUUAAUAAGCUGUUACACGGUGGUUUUACAAUGCAAACUUUUUUAAACAGGUCUACUCCGAUUUGCAAGGAGUUUUCAGUUCACCCGAGUCCUUAACUGUUAACUAAAUUUAAUUUUCUGGUCGCGAUUGUAUUUAAUGGUGCUACAAUGCCAUUGAAAACCUAUAAUCAGGACGUUUACAAAGUAUUAAACAUUAACAAUCACAUUUUUCUAUGUCCAUUUCCACCACCCUUACAAUAUUUUGGUUGUAUUUUUGUCAGGUGGAUAUGUCCAGUACUUAUUUUAAGUAGAAUUGGUUGGUAGUUCGACGAGAUGAUGGAUCGUCACAGAUAGAAUCCAGGAGAGCAUUCAACCUUUAGAAAAUGCGGGGAUCCUCAGUGCAGCCUUUUUGCAUUGUCAGUGGUGCAUUCUCAUAAAGUUGAAACCGCUGAAAUUGUUUACGAAAAUUCAUGACGUGAACAAAAAAGGGCACCACUUAUUUUUCUUAAAAGGGCACUUGUUCAGAAAAAGGGCACUUCGUAAAAAAAAGGGCACUCCUUACAAAUUAUUGG